GUGAAAGCUUCACGCACCUACUGUAAAGCAAAAAUGUCAGUAUUAUCCGGACAACGCUGCUGCCAAGCAGCUCGGACAUCGCAAAAUUGCAUUGGUAGCCAAAUACUUGCACCAAGGCCAGCGCCUACCCGACGCUUAGUAGUUGCUCAUGGGGAACGUCGCUCAGCAAACAGAACCAAAUGGGCAACUCUCGAGCCGCCGUCGACGCAAGAGCCGCUCGUCGCUGAACCCGCGGAAGAGCUGUCGGUGGCAGACCAGAUCUGGCGCUGCUCCCAAGAUCUAACCCCUGUGUUUUCCGAGAUCGAUCGGCUGGUAGCUGCCAAUGUACGGCGGGUGCAGCGCGCCUUCCGCAACGCGCGCAUAGGGCCCCACCACUUCCAGGGUUCCACGGGGUACGGCCACGGAGAUCUGGGCAGGGAGGCGCUGGACGAGGUGAUGGCUGAGGUGAUGGGCGCCGAGGCCGCCCUCAUGCGCGUGCAGUUCGUGAGCGGCACCCACGCCAUCGCCGCGGCGCUGUUCGCGGUGCUGCGGCCGGGGGACGAGAUGCUGGCGGUGGCGGGGCACCCCUACGACACGCUGGAGGAGGUGAUCGGCUCCCGCGGCAGUCCCGGCGCCGGCUCGCUGGCGGAGUGGGGGGUGGGCUACCGCGAGCUGGCGCUGACGGAGGGGGGGAGCAUCGACUGGGAGGCGCUGGGCAGGGCGGUGGUGCCGGGUAAGACCCGUGUGGCGCACAUCCAGCGCUCCUGCGGCUACGCGCUGCGACCCACUCUGAGCAUCGAGGAGAUCGAGCGGGCGGUCAAGGUCAUCAAGUCUCAGGACCCCAGUGUGGUGGUGACGGUGGACAACUGCUACGGCGAGUUCACUGACACUCGGGAGCCCUGCGCGGUGGGGGCGGACCUUGUCAUGGGCUCCCUCAUCAAGAACCCGGGCGGCAACAUCGCCCCCUGCGGCGGCUACGUGGCGGGUCGCGCCGACCUCAUCUCCCGCGUGGGCGCCCGCCUGUACGCGCCGGGUGUGGGGUGCGACGCGGGCGCGGUGGGCGGCUCCACGCUGCGGCUGAUGUUCCAGGGGCUGUUCCUGGCGCCGCAGAUGACGGGGGAGGCGCUCAAGGGGGGCAGGCUGGUGGCGGAGCUGCUGCACCGCGAGGGCUACCCCGUGGUGCCCGCCCCCGGCCUGCCGCCCGUGUGGUCCAUGAUCACCGCCGUGCAGCUGGGCAGCCGGGAGGCCAUGAAGGCCUUCUGCGGCGGCAUUCAGCGCACCUGCCCCAUCGGCUCCUACAUCUCACCGGAACCAGGCGUCACCGCCGGCUACGGCGACGAGGUCAUCUUCGCCGACGGCACCUUCAUCGACGGCUCCACUGCGGAGCUGUCGGCGGACGGACCCGUACGGCCGCCGUACGUGGUUUACUGCCAGGGGGGCAGCCACUGGACGCACUGGGCGCUGGCGCUGGAGGGGGC